UUUUCCCCCCCUUCGUAUUCGUCGCUCUUUGAUGACGUACAAAGGAAGCGACACACUCACAUGCUAGCGAUUUUACAUUAUGGCAACAGUACAAGUUAGCGAGGCGGAGAAAGUGUACAUUUUACACGGAAUUCGGGAUGACUUACGGGUGGAUGGUCGAGGCUGUGAGGACUACAGACAUAUGGAAAUAGAGACUGAUGUGGUGUCAAACACGGAUGGCUCGGCAAAAGUCACACUGGGGCACACAGCAGCUCUAGUAGGAAUUAAGGCUGAAAUUGGAAAACCAAGGCCCAUGGUGCCAAAUGAAGGCUACUUGGAGUUCUUUGUUGAUUGUUCAGCAAAUGCCACCCCUGAGUUUGAGGGCAGAGGAGGUGAAGAGCUGGGGACAGAGCUGAGUAACACUUUGUACAAAGUCUUCAACAAUACAAACAGCGUGGACCUGAAGAGUCUCUGCAUCAGUGCAGGAGAGCACUGCUGGGUCCUGUAUGUGGACGUGCUGCUUCUGCAGUGUGAUGGAAACCUGUAUGAUGCCAUUUCAAUAGCUAUCAAGGCAGCACUUUUCAACACAAAAAUUCCCAGAGUGCACAUAUCAUCUGAUGAUGAAGGAGGGAAAGAAAUUGAGCUGUCAGAUGAUCCAUAUGACUGCAUGAGACUCAAUGUAGAAAACGUUCCUUGUAUAGUGACAUUGUGCAAGGUAGGUCACAGGCAUGUCGUGGACGCAACACUGCAAGAGAAGGCCUGCUCAGUGGCGAGCCUGAUCAUCUCUGUCACACACAAAGGCAUGGUCACCUGCACGAGGAAGGUGGGCGGAGGCAGCCUGGACCCGGAGAGCAUCUAUGAAAUGGCAGAGGCAGGUAAACGAGUGGGGAAAGCCCUCCAUGCCCCUCUCAUGAAGCUGCUGCAGCAGGAGGAGAGUUUGGGAACUAAGAGACAGAAAGUUGGCUUUCUUGGUUAAGAACAAAAACAGUUCCUGCAGCAUUUUUUUGGAUGUACAUGUAUACAGAUUUUUUUUUUAAAUAAAACUUUAAAUUUGUUAAAAUA